UUAUAAUGGCGCUGUCGCCAUUUUCUUGAACGUAUCUGUAGCGAACUUCAUGUCCCUCCUGUGUUUCUGUUUGCGCGAAAAACGUGUACAGCGAAAUGGAGUAAACGCAUAUCGUAAAGUGAUUUUGCGAGAACGUAAUUGUAUAAAAUGUUAUGGUAAAACAUGAAAGUGAUUGCUAUUAUUCUAUAAUUACAUUUCAUAAUCUACUAAUCUAUAAAAGGUAGGGAUAUGGCAGAAAUUUCGAAUUCCACAGUGUUUACAAACGAUGCAUCCUCCACUGGUGCUUCCGAUCUUCUUCAACAAGCGUUCCAACAAGUUGUUGAUGAUGAUGAUCACGACAACGAAUUUGUUGCGUUUUUACAAAAUGAUGAUAAUGAGUCUGAAACUAUUCACUUGACUCCAGAACAAGCAGCGGCCUUAGGUCUAACCUUCGAGGUAAAUUCGAAUGAAGAGGUUAUGUACCAACAGGAUCAAGAUAAUGCUGGUUCAAACACGCAAGAAAGUGUUCCUACGGAUGAUAACAUUAACUUACAGGACCAAGCACAGUUACAUUCUCAAGAUUCUAUAACGAUUGAUCAAUUAAGUUAUCAACCUGAAGAAGUACAAAAAUCUAAUGAUAAUGAUUUGAUUAAAACAGAAUGUAUUGAUUUCCAAGAGUGGCAUAUGCAAAAACUUUCUGAAAAUGAACACCUUGAAAACCAAGUAGUCGAAAAUGAUUUAUCGUUGAAUGAAGUAAAUUUAAGUAAUCAGAAUCAUGAAUCUCAACAAAUACUUGAACAUCAAAAUAAUAUGCUUCAACAAAACUCAGGUACACAGACAAUAGUUUUGGAACAUUCUAAAGUACACACAAUAAAAACAGAAGUUGGGCAUGUUAAGAAUAUUCAUGAAAAUGAUGUGCAAUAUACAAUUGACGAUAAUGUAGCACAAAAUCCACUUAACACAAUACCUAGUUCUCAAGCGCAAAUCUUACAAAAGCUACCUGUUAUUUUGCCAUCAUCACAAUUUAUUAUAAAGCCUGCACAAACUAUAUUAAAGCCAACUAAAAAUAUUAGAUUACUUCAAGGUUCAAAUAAACUUACUAAUGCUACUGUGAAUCAAAUUAAUACAUUACAUUCGCUUGGUACUGCUUCAAGUCCUAAUUCCGUGCUGUUGUCGAAAGCUACAAUAUUGAAUAAUUUACCAUCACAAAUAAUAAAAGCUACACCUAUCACAGCUCAGUUAUUAAAUACCACCGGAAUAUCAGCACAGCUGUUAAAUACUUCUCAGAUUAUAACUGGUGCUUGUGAAAUACAGAAUCAAUCUGUUACUGCAUCCCAUAUUUCUAAUGCGUUAGUAAGCACUGCCUCUGGAGGAACACAGAAUCUUGUUACUUCACAAAUACGUUUAUCGCCCAUUGUGAAAACAUCACAGCCUCUUCAAAGGAGCAAUGUUCAACAAUUUUUAACUCCGGUGCUAAAAGGUGCAUCUACCGUGCUUCCGAAAUCUAAUCAACUUAUAAAUGGUACAGGUGUAGCAACAACUAUCCCUGCACAAUUAUUAAAAUCAGUACAAAUUUCAUCUCAGUUACUUAAAACAAAAGGUACAAUUGGUAAGAAAACAACAGUAACAACUGGAGUACCAAAAACUACUAUUAAUUCUAAUACACCAGUGGUUCUCAGAGCUGCAUCUAUUAUGAAGACUCAAGAUUUAAAAGCAACAACAACAAGUUCAACAUCUAUCUUAAAACCAACUCAAAUUUCUUCAACGCCUAUAUCCAUCUUGAAACCUCAAGCAAAAAUUGCACUAAAUAACUCAACUAAACAGAAUGUAACUAUCUCCGCUCAAAACAUUGUCAAUAUUUCUAAUAAUUUACAAAAUGCUUUACAAAAAUCACCUGUAACACAACAAAGUGGUAUAUUCGAACCUGCCAAAUCAACACAAAAUGAAGCUGUUAAGCAAAAACUUAAUCUUGUUGUAAACGGUACAAAUUUAAAAGUAAAUAAAAAAGUUAAAAGUACUCCCAUUAAGCCUAUGUCAGUAGUAAGUGAUUCUACAGAUGUAACUAAACCAUUGGGUUCUAGUGAAAAUCCAAUACAAAUAGUUCAACAAGGCCAAACAUUUCAUAGUAUGCAACGCUUGACACCCACACAAUUGAAACAAAUUGCUCAUGUCUUGCAACAACGUAGUCAAGAAACUACUGCUUCAAAUGAAAGAGUUGUAUAUAGGGUUGUAUUUCCUGAAGAACUUGAUUUGCGAAUCAGAAAUCCAGGAAAUUUAAUAAAAAAUCGUGGGGGAAAAAGGGGUAGACCAAAAAAGAGUGCUAUUAGACCUUCUUUGCUUCCUCCUAAACCAUCAUUAAUACCUGAUGAAGAACAAGAGGAACUAAAGGAUGAAAGGAAGAAAGUUGUGGCAAGGACACGGUCUGGAAGACUAUCUAGACCACCUCGACACAUGGUGCGAGAUUAUAAACAUUUACAUCAUUUAGAUUUUUUACAACCCGACUUAGAUGAUUCAGAUGGUGGUUAUAGUGAUUAUAAUACAAAUAAUGACAAACUUGAAGAAGAAGAAUCACCUAAGGAAUUGUUAACAGGAUUAGAAGUACCAAAAAGAAAAAUAUCAGAUCACUUUAGAUGCCCUACAUGUAAUAAAAUAUAUUUAGGACGCACACGAAUGGCAAGGCAUUUUGAAAUGCAUCCUGAUCAUGGAAGUCCUGAACAACUACCUCCUCCAACGCCUGAACCUGAAUUGAAACAAAAUGGGGGCCAAGAUCCCUUGAAGCGUAAAGGAAAAAAGCGUGGUCCGUGGGCUUAUGUCACACCGGAAGCUAAAUCAGAAAGACGACAAAUAAAAUUGAGAGAAGCAAUUUCUGUGUGUGAAGAUCUUGAAAUAAUCAAAAUUGCUGCAAAACCAGUACUUAACGCACAAUCAUUAUUUGAUUUAUUAAUACUAAAAUCUGAGAAUAAUGUGAGGAAUUUCUUGGACGAAUUAAAAUUACUAAUGGGUAAAAUACGUGAAAAGGCUGCAACUAUACUAACAAUUGCAAACAGUAAUGAAGAAUUAAACAAAGAUUUAAUUGAUAUAAGUGAAGAAUCACUUUGUGAUGUUCUAGGAUUGAAUCCUGGUUUGUACAAGAUUAAUAACGAUGCUUUGAAAAAAGUCGACACUCCUGUUUGUAGCACUUACGUAAAUGGAGAACCUCCUUUAAAACUUCAGAAAACAGAUAAUUCUGAGGAUGCUAAAGAAAAUAUAGAGGAACGAAUGUCUAGUGGAUUUUCAGAAAGUUCAGAUCUUAGUGUCUCAGACUUCUUAAAUGACAGAAGAAGUGAAUCUGUAACAAAUCCUACUUGUCCAGAAGUGCUAUCAGCUUUAACACUGAUGAGAAGAAAUCCCAGUCCUGUAAAUAGUACAGAGAAUAAUAAAUCUAACACUGUGUCAAAAUUGUUAAUUUCGAAUCCAGAGAUUCAAAGUCAAAUUUCAGAUACUCCUGGAUUCCAAAAAGUGGAUAUUACUUCACCAAAAGUUUCAAGUUAUCAAAAAGCGGAGUCCCAUAAAGAAAAUUUCACAAAAUUAGGAAACGGUCUAGGAUCAACAGCUUUCUGUAAGGUCGAAGAUAACUUCGAACAGUCUAAGUUAGAGCAUAUAGAAGAAGCUUUCAUAAAACUGGAGUCAACAGAACAAGUUUUUGUUAAAUUAGAAAACAGUCCUAUGGGAGCUUAUUCGAAACAAGAUACCCAAAAUUUUGAAAAGAUACAAAAUGGGUUAAGUAAUUUGGAAAAUGGAUCUCAAAACUUUGCAAAAGGUUUUCAGAAAUUAGUAUCUAAAAUAAUUCCCAUCACAUCUUCAGAUAUAAAUUGUGCUAAAACUCAAUCAGCUCCAUUAGAUACAGGUUCUUGUAAAAUAAUGUCUGCUACUUCUGGUUGUAAGAUUUCAGAUAGUAUACCAAUUUUGCAAGAUACAGUACCAAUAAUUUCCAAUAAUUGUGAUACUAGUAUAUUUGGCAGUGCAGAAAAUUUAGAUAUGUCUAAAAUAGCUCAAUACGAUCACAUUGCACACUUAGAUAUUUUAAAUACAAGUGGAGUGAUAGAUAAAAAUUUAUUAAUUGACGAAAAGUUGGUCGAACAAUUGCAUUUAGUUGAUCAAUCAAAUUUAGUUGACGAACUAGUAUCUGAACGAUUAAAAAAUAUUAUGCCCGAUAAUAUAUUGGAAAAUAAUUUGAUAUCUAAUAACUCAAAUUUAGAUACGGAACUCGAUUUUGAUGCAUUAAGUGAAGAAUUCAAUAGAAAUACUAGAAGUUGAUUCUUGGAUGAUUGUGUGCAAAAUGUUCCUAAACAAAUUAAAAUAAUAUGUAUAGUGUAUAAAGAUACUGAAUUUAUUAUACAAUUAUUUGAAAUUGUAUAUGUAUGCAUAUAAUUACACAAUGGUGUAGAUAUUUUUUUAUAGAAUUUUUGACAGUAUCAUAAUCAAUAUAAUAUAACUUCCAUAUUUGAAUGAACAAUAUCAAUAUUAAAAUAAUAUAAUGUCUAAUAUUCUGGUAUGUGUAUGUACAUAAGACUGUUUCUGUUAUAUUUAUUUUAUAUAAUAUAUGUCUUAUGCAAGAAGAUUACAACUUCAAUAACAAAAGCAUUGAUGUUGUCUUUAAAGAAGCUUUACUUUGUCGAAUAAAUUUCAACAUAAAAAAAGAUGUUACUACUACACAUCAGAAUUUUUCAUUUUUGGUAAACAGUCUUUAUAAUCGUACACAUAAUGCAAUUAAUAGUUACAGUUUUAGAGCAGUCUCCUGAAAAAAACUUAAGUCAUACGUAAACGAGGCAGAAAGUAAGAAGUUAGACUUGCUAGAACUAUAACUUAAACAUUAUAAAAAUAUAAAUAUAGAAGUUUUUUGUAAAUGUAAUUUUGCAUAGAUAUUAAUUAUACUGUCAGUUACGUAUACAUUAUCUUGACUUUAGUUACAGUGCUACAAAAAUGAUCAUGCACAAAUUAUUUCGCAAUGUACUUUCUAAAUUUAUAAUUGCAAAUAAUCUUUUUUUUUUAAUAGGACAAUAUCUCUAACGUGAUUCUAUUCAUCGAUGAAUAAGAAAAAAAAUUAAUUUAUAUUGUAUCAAUAAUUUCGUUACAGCUGUAAAAGAAAAUAUUGUAGAAUAAAAAUGCGAUAAUUUUGAAAGUUUAAAGCAACUAUUUAUGAAUUCAGGUGGAUUGCUUACAGCUUUUAUACAAAUACUGCAUUAAGAAUACUUUAAACAUCAAUAAGAUAAUUCCAUCCACGUUGUUAUAGCAUUUAUGUACAGUGGAUAUUAUUAAUUUUGUAUUUAUCUGUAAAUAUGUAUUAUACGUGUAUAAGAAGUUAUUGAUAUGAUUAAACGUUAAUGGCACUAGUAACUACUAGAUUAAUUAUAACUAACUAUGAAAUAUAUUAACUUUGCAGGUUUGGUUCCUUGUAUCUAUGAUACAUUCUUUAGAAUCUGCAUUUGCAAAGAAAAUAUAGCACAUUUGUACUUGUCUAUAUCUGUAUUUCUUUGUGAUCUCAGGUACCAAUUGUAAACAAUUUCAUAGCGCGCUUUGGAUUCUGAGUAUAUAUAUAUGUAAUAAUUCCAUAUUUUCUUUUUCUUUUUUGUGAAACUAUACAGAUGGUAUUUCAAAAGCCACAAAUAAAUGAACAUUCUAUUAAUGUUUGUUUUAUUUCAAUAGUUGCAAGUUAUUGUGUACAAAAAGUUAAUUAUAAACUUCAAAUCAGUUUUAAAGUUACAAAAAUACUUACCAAGAUAUGUACCAACAAUAACUACAACUAUCUAUGUCCAGUUUCUAUCAAUAAUGAUUCCAAACAUAUUAUUAGACUUUCCGGUAACAACGGUUGAUGUACCCAUGUAGCAAGAUAUAACAUUUUCAAGGAUUCUGUAUACUGAUGAGCUAUAUCUUCAAAGACUUUACGUUUCAUCUUAGCCUCUUCAGAAUACAUUGUAUGUAUUACCUCUGCUAUUUGACCUAUCGAAAAUGUUUGAAAAUGAUCUUAAUUAGUCUUUUUAAAAAUAAAUAGAUGAUUUGUCCUUAAAAUAAUAUUAUAUCUACCAAAUUUAGUAAUAGGCCAUGUUGUAA